AAAACAAACAACUUGAUCUUAUCUUGAAAGUUUUUUAUCAAAAUACGAAAUUCCAAAGUUCUAAGUGGUUUUAAGUGGCUAAAUGGACUUUAAAAAAAUUGUGCACUCCAACCCAAUGGCGUUCUACUUGUUCUGUGUUUUAGUUUGGUCCCAAACCUAUCGAAAUGUCUCGCAACGCAGCUCCUUCGUUAGAUCAGCUGGAAAAGCUAGUAAGCUUUUUAGAAAACAAACCAUGGUUGGCUAUGGGCCAUGCUCGUACUGCAAAUGCUCGCAUUCGCAGUCGUCAGGCAUGGUCCGAAAUAACAACAGCCCUGAACAGUGAUGGCAGUGGGUGUAUGAAAACAUCGGAACAGUGGUGUAAGUACUGGAAGGACAAAAAAGGAGCAGUUAAGAGGAAGUCCAGCUUAAUUGCAGCCGCGAGGCGUCGCACUGGUGGUGGCAUAGAAGAAGAUUUGCCACAACUUAGUGAGAUAGAAUUAAAAAUCCAAACCAUUAUGGGAGGAGAAAGUUUUGGUUGCGGAGAUCAAAAUUUAGAAAUAAAUCCUUUUGAGCAAGAACCAUUAAAUAGAACUGUGGAAAGUGAAGAGUCUCCCAGCAUUUUACUUAAUAUUGUCCCUCCAAAUGUGCAGCAGGCUAACCAAAGUGAGGAGCCAGGCCAUGAAAUGCAAUGGUCUAAUCUUGCUGCUUUUGAUGUGGAUAGUGUGCAAGACAAUCUAGCACAGAUACCACAAGUACCACCAGCACCAGAUGCUCAUAGUCCAGAAGCUGAAGAAAACAGGGUUUCGCUUACUGAGCUUGCAAGACCUGUAGCACACGCAAAUGAUGUUUUGGAAAGGGGCAGUCAAACUCCUACACGGCGUGUGCACAGUGAGACAGUACGCGGUCGCCGACGCACUCACCAGCUAUCUCCGCGUCAAUCUGCAUCGCGCCGGCGACUAUUGAGACGCUCACCUCCGUCACAACGUCGCUCUGAAAUGGUUAGCAUCACAGAGCGUUUCAUAGCCAUCGAAGAACGUCGAGCACAAGCGGAACUCUUGAUUGCCCAAGCAAUUAGUCAGCAAGUGGAGGGUUAUCGGGCUAUGGCUCAGGCUCUAGAUAACAUAAGUAGCUUCGAUCCAGAAGGUUUUGGAGAGAUCCCGUGGCCUGAUUUCUUACAAACUCUUCAACAUCCCGACUUUAUAGCACAGGUGCCGCCCCACAAACGUGAAAUUCUCCUGGACAAAGCGCAGAGCGCAACAAGCAACGCUAUUACUUUUCAAGAGUUCGUCAAUGUGAGUGGACCAGAUUAG